AUGGGAUCAUCUCUAUUUUGGUUUGAGAACUGGACAGGAUUGGGUGCCCUAUACUUCAUUGUUCCACAAGACUUUGGGAUAGAUGAAACAGUGCAUAAUGUAUUUGAUGUUAUGGAGGAUGGAUCAUGGAAUGUGAAUAGGUUGUUUCAGGUAUUACAAGAAGAUAUAGCUGUACACAUUGUGGAAAAGAUCAAACCUCCAAUAGUUCAAAAUGUGCUUGAUGUACCAUACUGGAUGUUGGAAACAAGAGGUUUCUUUAGUGUCAAGACUGCCUGGGAGUAUUUGAGAAGAAAAGAUGAGCUUAGGAAUGCAUACAGGAAGAUAUGGGUAAAGGGUUUACCUUUUAAAAUAUCUUUCUUCAUGUGGAAGUUGUGGAAAGGGAAGUUGUCAUUAGAUGACUUUAUGAAGAGAAUAGGAUAUUUGAUGGCAUCAAGGUGUUGGUGUUGUUCAGAACCAAGUGAAGAAACUUUGCAGCACUUGUUCUUCAACUCAGAAACUGCAAGAAUAGUCUGGAGUCAUUUUCUCACAAGGGCUGGGAUCAGAGUGCAAGGUUUAACUAUACAUCAGGCAAUUAUCAAGUGUUGGACUGCAGAGGUGUGCCAUAGACUAAAACCUAUCAUGCAGGCACUCCCUUCAUGUAUUGUUUGGGAGCUUUGGAAGAUGAGGAAUAGUAUGAAAUAUGGGGAUGCAAUAUCUACAGGCAGAGUGAUCUACCAAGUUUCUGCAACAAUGCAAGCUUUAGUGAAGGUGAGAAAACCAGGCAUAAGCAAUGUUCCCUAUAGGUGGCAUGAUUUGAUAACUAUGAUGGAGAACUACAAGCCUAGGCUGAAAGUAGACAGAGUAUUAUGGGAAUUCCCUAGUGCAGGAAGGCUAAAAGUCAAUACUGAUGGUGCAUCAAGAGGGAACCCAUGGAGAAGUUCAAUUGGCUACUGUAUAAGAGAUGAGCAAGGUGAUUUGGUUAUGGCAGUGGGGAAAGAAAUUCAGGAGACUACAAACAUUGUGGCAGAGAAAGUGGCUGUGGUAGAAGCACUGCAAUUCUGCAGAUCACAGCAGUAUACAUAG